AUGGAGACUCCUCUGAUCAAUAAAGUCGGCAGCACUCCGGAAGCGAAUGCAUCACAAACUGGAGCUUUGCCGGGAAGGAAGCUCUCCAGGCGGAACUCGUCCCCGAGUCGGAGCCAGCCAAUUUCUUGGCGGCAGGUCAGCUCGGACGUCACCAGCCUCACCACACCUCCACUUCGACCGAAGAGGUGUCUGCUCGAUGCAGAAAUGCCUGACAUAGCCUUGCCGGGCAGUGAGGAGCAGUUGCCGCAGAAGGAGGUGAGUUCUGAUGAGUUGGGCGUCGGAGAGACCAUCUUCAACCUGUCGAAUACCAUGGUCGGCAGCGGCGUUCUCUCCGUUCCCUACGCCUUCCGCCUGACCCGCUACGUGGCCGUGGCUUUGCUGGCGCUCGUGGUUGCAAUGACGGCCUUCACCGCAAUGCUCAUCGGCCAGGCGCUGGAAUUAGCAGCUAGCCGGCCAGGUGCGGCAAGCACACCUCCUUCGCGACGAGACUUCGGUUACCUUGCCGAGGUCGCCUUCGGCCAGUGGGGCAACCGUAUCAUUGCCAUCACCACGGCAAUGGAACUUUGGCUGGCUGUGGUGACGUUUCUGGUCAUGAGUGGCAUCAAUGCCCAGGGGCUGCUGGGAAUGGACGAGCCUCAUGCCGUGGCUUUCUGCACCAUGAUCACAGCUGUCAUGGUCUUCAUCCCUUUGCGCGUCUACGCCUACGUCUCCUUGGCGUCCCUGGCAGCACUCUGCGUUGCCAGCGUCGCUUACUUGAUCGACUUGUUUCAGAUGGAUGAGUGGAACUGGCCUUGCUUCUCAGCGCCGGAGGGUGUUGGGGACGUGUUCCGAGCCUAUGGCCUCAUCAUCUUUUGCUUCGCGGGCCAUCCCUGCUUCCCAGCGCUUCACCAAAGUAUGAGCGACCGGUCCAAGUGGGAGCCUUGUGUCACGUUUUCGUUCUUGGUGGCAGCUGCCUACUAUGUCUGCCUGGGUCUCCUAGCCUUCCUCGCGCUGGGCACCAACAUGCAUGCUGUCUUCACUGCAGACAUGUCCGGCUCUGGUGUUCUUCGGCGAGUGACGAUCGCAGCUUUUGCGGUAAAGAUUCAGCUCACUGCUCCCGUCCUUCUCCGGGUGGUGCUGACCUGCCUGAGAGUCUGGCCCGAAGGCGGCGAGCUCUCGCUUUUGGACUUCGGUCCAGCCGCGAUGAUUGUCCUCGCCACCGGGUUCUCGGCAUGCAUCCUCGCUGGGCAUCUGGCGGCCCUGGCUUCGCUCUGUGGAGCCUUCCUGGUGAACUUGACUUCGGUCAUCCUGCCGGUUGUCAUCUACCUGCAGCUGGAAAAGCUCGUUCCAUCCACUCGGACAGCUGCGUUCAAGGUGAAGCUUGGCCUCUGCUGGGCUGCCGUUGGCUUGGGUGUCGUUGCUGGUGUGGCCGGGACUGCCAUGGCGGUUAUGGACUUCUUUCACAGCCCGAGUGAAGCUUCCUGA